AUGGCCAUUCAUCCGAAUUUCCCAUCUGAAGUGAACCCGAGAGGAUCCCUCUCACCACAGCAGGCUCGCGCUAUCUCCGUCUGGACUGAACAGGCAGCUGCAUCCUUGGAGAGUCUGACUCUCUCCGAGUCAGUGCCGGUCGCCGAUUCCAAUGUGGCCUUUGCCCAGUCCACUCCUACGCGCGCAGGCGUUCGCGGCACCACAGUCUCGUUAUCAAUUCCCUUAGAUGACCCAGUCCCGACAGCGGGAAGCCCUUCCGCGCCUAAGGUCAAGGUCUUAGGCCAGCCAACCAAGGAGACUCAGGUGGCGUCGGUGACCUUUCGGCGCCGCGAGCCGAUUCGCCGUGAUAGUCUCAAGAGGCGCGAAGCCUUGUUGAAGGGAAAGGAUGGUAGUCGUCGCAGGCAGCGUUGGGAGAAUGAUCGUCUUCUGAACAAUCCGUGGGCCGAGCCGCCAUCCUCAAAGGAUUGGGAUAUCCAAGCCACUCACACUCGUCACGACCCUUUGCCUUACUACCUUGCACCUCUCUGGGACAAUCACUAUGCGCAUCUGGACCAUAGGUCAUCCCAGCAGAUGGAGACACGGACCGAGAAGCAUCGUGUUCCUAAGGAGCUGCGACAGAGACUAAAGCAUGCACGUGCAGCACGCGGUAUACUUCAAGAUAUCGAAGAGGACAUCAGACAAUUCAUCCAGCGAUGGAACGAGAAGCAAAGUUUACUGAAGCAGGAGGGUCUGGCAGAUGCCCCGCAAUCAUCCGACAGUGAAUCUGAAGAUGAGAUCGUGUUUGUGGGUCGAAACGGCCUGAUGCACGACUCGCCUCAGAGAAGAGCAAGACUCCAAAAGAUGCGUGAGGCAAUGAGUGCUCAUCAUGAGCAUGAUGGGCAGAAGAUGGUGUUUGAGAGCCUGGUUGACGACCGGGCAGCUGGAUUCGGUCGCUGGCUCGUCCAUUCCAUCGCGUCGUAUUAUGGCCUGCACACUUGGUCUGUCACCGUCGGGGAACCUGCCCGCCGCGAGGCUUACGUUGGCUUCUAUCCGCCAGCCCCAAGCAGUCGAGCAGGACCCAUAUCCCCACCGGCCGGAUCGAAGGCUUGCCGUCAGGAAGCGAUGAUACAGCCCGGCGACGAACUGCCUCAACCGCUCUGGACGCAGGAUCAUAUACAAGGUAGGAUAGACCAAGACCUACAAUUGAUUUGGGCACAUAGGGAAGUUCAUAUAUCAUAUAUAUAUAUAUGCCGUAGCGAGCAAUUGGUACACUUAGUAGCUCAGUUGCUAGCUGCUAAUGAGGAUACAAGUGCACUCAAACGGUUAGCAUUGGGCAUUACUAACUUAUGCAACCACCUAUCCCCCUUCCAAGCUCACCUACUUACUAUGUGGCAGGCAUGUAAUGUUGGUGAUGUUAAUGAUGUCUCUGGGUGUGACUGUGACGUAGUGGUCGGUCCGAUAGUUCCGGGUCUAGAUGGUCUAAAUGACGCUACUAUGCACCAGGCUGUCACUGAGAGAAGAAUAUGUCUCGUACUUCUGAUGUUGGUUCUGCAACAGCAGAUCACUCCAAACCUCGGGUGCAUGUAUGGUGCAAGGGACUGGGUAUCAUCUCCGACUAGUGUCCAUUUAAGCGACUGUGGAAUGUCGAACCAUCUCCGAUUUUUCCCAUGGAGAAGGGUGAGAGAAGAAACUCCAUCAGCAUCCAUAGACAAGCGAGGCAAGGGCACUGACCGCGCCCCACUUGGGAGGCCCCAUCGUUGUGGGGGUCGUCAAGGAGAGAAACCGGAAAUAGGGUUCGUGUUUGAGUUUUUGGGUGGGAAAAAGACAACACAGAAGCCCCCCGAGCCCGGAAUCCAUCUCCCCACGUCUUCGCCUCCAAAAGCCGCCUCUUCUCACAUGGAAAUCCCCGGUGAUCUAGAUGUGGCGAGACUGAUCGGAUUGCCUGAAGGGGGAGACACAAGAGAGAGGCAGAGCAUGGGCGAUUAUUCAUUCGGUCCGAUCCGAAGAGGCGACCCCAGCCGGUUCCAUGGCAUCGAUCUGAUAGAUGUUGUGGACUUGACCAUUGGUAUUUUCCAGGCUUUUUACCUUUGUUUUUCUUUUCUCCUUGUCUCCGGUGACAAAGUUGUCGGCCAUUCUCCAUUCAGCGUUCGGUCAGCAAUGAAUAUUUUCCAAUCCACACCGCGUGCGAAGCACCAACACCAGUCGGGAAAUGUCCACAUCUGGGAGUCUCGGAGAAUAUCCUGGACGCACUGGAGAAAAAGGCAAAAGACCUACCGAGAAAUGCCCUUGCAAGGAAAAGAUGCGCAUGGAUUGUCUUCGCAGUUGAAGUCUCUUGGUAGUAGCACUACCGUCAGCCAAGGUCCCAAGGGCAAGGCUGUAGGCAGAAUCCUUGCUGAUCAUUCAGCCAGACUUACCUGGAAGAAUUGUGUAUCGUUUGGAUCUGCUGAUUCCGGGGGACAACGAGGAUAUUGCCAGCAUCACCAGCACAGCAUCAUCCGCACUGUUAGCGUGGGCGAGGAAGAAGUAAAGCAAUCUGAAACUUUCUCCCGUAGAUAA